GGGAGUCGGGGUCUGGGAUGGCGGGUCUCGGCGCGCGGGGCGGCAGCGACAGUCCGGGCAGCGAGGUCCCGUGGCACGCCGAGGUUCCUCUCGCUCAGACAAGCUGCCGGCUCUCCAGCUCCACGGAGCAUGCGCCACGGAGAGAGGGGCGGGGCCCCGCGACGUGCGCACGCAGCCAAUCGGCGGCCACGCAGCGGUACGGCUCCGGCGCCCGGCGACGCCUCCGCGCGAGCGUCCUCCGGUGGGCGGAAGUGACGGGAGUUCCCGUCCGGCCCGGGGUACGGCGAGCGAGAAGGGACAAGUGCAGCGCGGAGGCGACCUGUGCGCUGGGAGGCGCUGUGGAGACGGAGGCACAGCCCCGCUGAGGAAAGCUGAGAUUUGACGUUUCAGUGCUCGGGGAGCCGCGCCUCGUCCCCUGGAGCGACAAGUCGAAGCGGCCACGCUCCGCCUACUGAGCCGGGUCCUUGGUUCCCGGAAGUGCUGGGCUGCCCCGCAGGAGUUACCUUCUGUGCAUUUUCUCCUAAACCCACACGUUAUUCACGACUUUGUCCAUGACUAUGGAAAAUAAAAAAGCAAGGUUCCCUCGCCUGGCGAUGGUGCAAGCCUGUCUGUCUGCUGGAGGAUGGUGAGUCCCGUGUCACGUCAACCUGUCUCAACAGGAAAAAGAAAAUCUGUAAAACCUAACGUCUCAUCUUGCUCAGCCUUCUCUUCUGACAAAUGUGAGGCUGAGAUCCCUCACAAAAAGAGAAAAAUUCUUUUCUAAGGAUAAGGCAAGUUGAAACCAAUGGAGUGGGUGUCAGGAUAUCGACUCAGUCCUCACUGUGUGUUGUUAGCACCUUACAGAAUAUUGUUUUGGACGGACAGAAGGAGCUGCACCCCCUGCGAACUUGUAUAAAGACACAUUCUGGUGCGUACUGUGACCUGUCUGCAAUCCCAGCACAGGGAGGAAUUUUAGGCCGGCCUGGCUACAUUCCGAGAUCCUGUGCACGCCUGACCUGGGUUAACAUGCUGCCUCAAACAAAUGAGCAAAACCAAUUCCAUCCUCCAGAUGGUGCCACACAGGAUGUGUUAGGCUAAGUGUUCUGGCUACAUGUUUGCCUGCAGGCCAGAAGAGGGUACCAGAUCACAUUAUAGAUGGUUAUGAGCCGCC